AUGUGUAUUUUGCAGGAAAGUAGACACCGAGCGCGAAGCCACCGGAGAAGCCCGCGGAUGACGGCACUUGAUCUUUAUGAUCUUAAGCAGUUGCCAAUACCACAACUUAACGUCUUGGCUAUCGAUCUUGCCGUCUCCAUUGGGGUCAACUUUAGUAAUCACGUCUUUCUGUACCUUGCCCCACUUAAUAUCGAUGUACCCGCUGUAGGCUGCCACCUGCGCCAUGACGAAUACGAAGCCUACCGCGCACGCCGCGGCCUUGCCCGCCUGCUUUAG